AUGGGUGAUGCUGUGGUAGAUGACUAUUUCGUCGAGGACAAGUUGAAAUACUUGGAUAUCAAUGAUGGAAGCCCCCGUCUUGCUAUAGUUGGGAUGGGCCUUCGCCUUCCGGGCGACAUCCACUCUGUCGAAUCCCUAUGGGAACUGCUCAUGCAAAAAAAAGAUACUCGAUGUACCAUACCAGCUAAUAGGUACAAUGUCGACGGGUUUUACAGCCCAUCCCCAAGGCCAGGUUGUGUCGGAGUGCAACAUGGCCAUUUUUUGUCGGAAAAUGAUGGUUUGCAGCAACUGGAUACUUCAUUCUUCAAGAUGAGCAAAGCCGAGGUGGGAAGUCUUGAUCCACAGCAGAGAAUGUUACUGGAAGUUGUCUGGGAAUGUAUGGAAAGCAGUGGGCAAGUUGGAUGGCGUGGUGAUAAAAUAGGAUGCUUUGUCGGUGUAUGGGGAGGAGACUGGCAAGAUAUUAUGAUGCGAGACCCUCAACAGAGAGGGCGGUUCCGUACUUCUGGUAGCGGAGACUUUGCAAUCUCGAAUAGGGUCUCAUAUGAGUACGACCUAAGGGGUCCAAGUAUGACGUUGAAGACUGGGUGCUCAUCAUCUUUAAUUGCUUUUCACCAAGCGUGUGAGGCAAUUCAAAGCGGUAGCUGUACCUCUGCUAUCGUUGCCGGCACAAAUAUUAUCAUGGCCCCUAGUAUGACUAUUGCUAUGUCGGAACAAGGUGUUCUCUCGCCGGACGGAACUUGCAAAACUUUUGAUGCGGCGGCUGAUGGAUAUGCCCGUGGUGAGGCGAUCAAUGCCAUCUACAUCAAGAAAUUGAGCGAUGCUAUUCGUGAUGGAGACCCGAUUCGCGCUGUUAUUCGGGCAACCGCUAGCAACGCAGAUGGCAAGACCAGUAGCAUGUCAGUGCCAAGUUUGGAAAGCCACGAGGCCAUGAUUAGACAUGCAUAUGUGGUUGCUGGGAUAAAAGACCAUUCUCGUACGGCGUUUGUGGAAUGUCACGGCACUGGGACAGCAGUAGGGGACCCCCUGGAAGUAGGCGCCAUUGCAAAUGUUUUCGGGGGUCAUAAGGGUGUAUAUAUAGGGAGUGUCAAACCUAACGUUGGCCACUCUGAAGGUGCCUCUGGCUUGACAAGCAUCAUUAAAGCAGUACUUGCUCUCGAGAGAAAAGUUAUCCCGCCUAAUAUCAACUUUUGCACGCCAAAUCCGAAGAUCCCUUUUGAAGAGGCAAAUUUAAGGGUGCCAAUAGAGCCGGUAUCAUGGCCAGUCGGGUUCGCAGAGAGAGUUAGCAUCAAUGCAUUCGGCAUAGGAGGUGCAAAUGCUCAUGUCAUUCUUGAUUCUGCAUCUUCACUUCGUGCCGGGUGUUCUGAUAAGACCCAAGAAGCGGCGAUCUUCAAUUCGAGGGCAAGACCGGAGCUGCUCCUCUUCUCGGCCAACAACACAGAUUCCCUGCGCAAGAUAACAGCUGACUUUGAGCGCUAUGGAAACCUCCAGGGAACCAAGCUGCGAGAUCUCGCAUAUACAUUGUCCGUAAGGAGAGAGCAUCUUAACCAUCGAAGUUUCUGUGUCACCAAUGGGGAUAAAGAUCUAGAGCCUGUGGUUGUCCCGAAGCCGAAAAUAACCCCUCAAAUCGUUUUUGCUUUCACGGGUCAGGGUUCACAAUGGGCAGGUAUGGGCAAGGAGCUACUGCUGGACUUUCCAUCAUUUGCAGAAGAUAUGCGUCAACUGAGCAGGGUGCUGCGCAAUUUGCCUAUUCUUCCGGCGCCAUGGAAUAUCGAAGAUGUUUUACUACAAACUGGCGACAUUUUCCCGCUGAACAAUGCGGAGUUUUCUCAGCCUCUGUGCUCUGCUAUUCAAAUAGGCCUUGUAAAUUUAUUCAAGAGCCUAGGUAUAUCCCCUUCUGCAGUUACAGGGCAUUCAAGUGGAGAAAUCGCCGCUGCUUAUGCUGCGAAUGCGAUAACAGCGGAAGAAGCAAUAAAAAUUGCUUACUACCGUGGUCAAGUGGCUAAGAAAGUCAAUAGACCUGGUAAAAUGAUAUCAGUUGGACUUGGACGUGCUGAUAUUGACCCCUAUAUUUCGGACGGGAUUACUAUCGCCUGUGAAAACAGUCCUAUAAGUGUAACUCUAUCAGGCAAUCCAGAAAAGGUAGAUGAGGUUGCCAAGAGGCUGCAAACAGAUCGGCCUGAGCUUUUCUUACGGCAGCUUCCUGUUACUGUGGCUUACCACUCACCGCAUAUGCAGGAUAUCGGCGAAGAAUACGAGACUCUGCUUAAGGGGCAUGUACAGAGCACGGCUCCUCGUGUUCCGCUCUUCUCAAGUGUGACUGCGACUAUUGUCAGAGAAGCGGGAGAGCUUGGCUCUUCGUACUGGCGUCGAAAUCUUGAAUCGCCAGUUUUAUUCUCUACUGCUGUCAUAAAUUAUAUGGAGAGUCAGUCGAAUGCACAGCUGUUCCUGGAAAUAGGCCCCCACUCGGCUCUUUCUGGACCGCUUCGACAGAUAUUUCAAGCAGUUAACGUACAACAUCAGCCCUCAUAUGUAUCAUCGCUUAUACGUGCCAAAGACUGUACAGAAAGCCUUCUUUAUGCAGUUGGCAGACUACACCUCCAUACAAUUCCAAUAGACUUUGCGGCUUUGUACAAGAAAGGGCAGGUUGUGAAGGGUUUACCGUUAUAUCGCUGGCGCCAUGAUGCUGUAACCUCGGAUGAAGGAAGAGUCAGUCGAGAUUGGAGGUUGCGCAAGUUUGUGCACCAUGAGCUGCUUGGCUCCCGCAUCAUCGAAGGAAACGAUAUCGAGCCAACGUGGCGAAAUAUCAUCGCCCUUGAAAACUUACCAUGGCUUAGAGACCACAAGAUUAUCGAUGACAUUGUUUUCCCAUGCGCUGGCUACCUUGCGAUGGUUGCAGAAGCAUUGAGGCAACUCACUCAGAGUGAAGAUCUAACCUUCAGAGACAUUGUGGUCAUGACGGCACUUGUGCUCCACGAGGACAACGAUGCCGAGCUGAUGACAAGCCUCAAGCCUAUGCGAUUGACAAAAACUCUUGACUCUAGUUGGUUUGAUUUCGCAGUCUUGUCAUAUAGCCGCGGCACAUGGACCAAGCACUGUGUGGGACAGGUGAAAGCCGGAGGAGCCAGCGAUGUUCUAGCAAGAGAAAUUACAACGUUACCAAGGAGAGUUCCACCACCGUAUGCGGCACUGAAAAAAAUCGGGUUAAACUAUGGACCAGUGUUUCAGGGGUUGUCGAAUAUCUCUGCUCUCCCGGGCACAGAAGUUGCAGUGGCAACGCUUACCGCCCCUCAGCCUUCGGAGUCCUCCUAUUGUCUUCAUCCAUCGACAAUCGACCACUGUCUACAGCUAGUUGCCAUUGCAAAAUCAGGAGGGCUACUUCGAAAUAUAAAUAAAUUAUAUGUGCCGACUGGCAUUGGCAAUUUGUACAUGUGUGCAAGAAAGGAGUUGGACCAUUGGAGAGCAGAAGCGAAUGUCUCCAAGUCUGGAGCGGGGUCAAUCAUCGGAGACACAUUGCUGAUUGAAGAUGGUCGUGUCCUUUUAUCUUUAACUGGUGGAGAAUUUUCACUCUUGGGUGGACGUGAAGAGUCGAAAUACUAUGAUCCAGCGUCAGAAGCCAGGCUAGUUUGGUACCCGGAUUACGAUCUAUGCAACGUGAGCAGUCUCAUUCGCCCACGAGGGCACAACGACCGAGCUUAUUUCAAGGAUACUGAAAAGUACGCCUGGAUUGCUAUAAUGGAGAUUCAAGAGCGACUUUCAAGUAUUCCUCCUGGUUCUGAGCAUCUUGAGAAAUUCCGUGCUUGGGUCGAUAACGAGAUUUCUGGAACACAAAAAACGCCACCUGACUAUUGGCAAGAAAUUCUCCUACUCGACAAGAGAGGAAGGCGACUAUUGAUGGAUGAAACAAAACAGAGGAUCAGUCAUGAAUCUUUCAAUAGUAUCUCACAGCUGAUCGAAAGUGUUGUCGACAGUUGUUGUGGUCUCUUCGAUGGGAGUGUAGACCCUCUCGACAUCCUAAUGGCCAACAACAACCUAACAAACUUCUAUUCCCUGUCAGAGACACGUUUUGAUCGCGAAAAUUACUUUGCUGCUAUGGGAAUUUCCAACACGCACCUGCGGAUUUUAGAAAUCGGCGCUGGAACAGGUGGACUUACAUCUCAAGUAUUGAGCAGCUUGACAUCUCCGGGGGGUGAGCAAAUGUUUGCCACCUACACGUACACAGACAUCUCCUCUGGCUUCUUUGGACCGGCGAGAAUGAGGUUCUCUGCAUAUAAAAACAUUACCUUCUCGGUGCUGGAUAUCACUAAGGAUCCAACUCAGCAAGGGUUCCGUGCGGGAGACUACGACUUGGUCAUUGCCUCCAAUGUGCUUCAUGCUACUCCAUCUCUUGCUCAAACUUUAAAAAAUGUUCGGCAGCUUAUGCACCCUCAGGGCAAACUCUUCCUUGAAGAGGGGUUGCCUACUACCAAUUUCAUAGGCUUAGUUUUUGGUAUCCUUCCCGGUUGGUGGCUGGGAGAGAGUGAUGGGAGAAUUGGCGGCCCACGACUAUCUCCCCAUGGAUGGGGAAAAGAGCUUAGCCAAGCAGGGUUUUCGAUUAUUGCGGCGGUAACUGACGACGAAGCGCCGUACGAGGUCAACGCAAAUAUUGUCGCCGGUAUUUCAGCUGUUGAGAUUCAGAACACCCGCGUUACUCUCCUGCACCAUCGUGAUGGAUUGUUAUCAAGUGGAAAUUACUUAAAGCAGCUCUUGACUGCACGCGGAUAUACCGUAGAUCUUUGCAACCAAGAAGAAAUUCCGCCAACAGGUCAACCCAUCAUUUCCCUUAUACAGCUUGAUGAGCCUUGGCCAUACUCCUUCUCAGAAGAUGGGUUUUCAAAAUUCAAGAGUUUGGUCUCUCAUAUCAAAUCCGAAGGAAUUUUAUGGGUUAUGAGGUCCGCGCAAUUGGGGUGCCCUGAUCCGCGCCAAAGCAUGACAUUGGGCUUGGCCAGAACCAUUCGAUCGGAACUGAAAAUCCCGUUCGCUACUCUUGAAUUAGAUAUCACGGACAACUAUGCGCUCGAGCAAGCGCUCGAAGUUUUUGUCAAGUUUAAUAACAGGGACGAGACGAGUGAGAUGGACCCAGAUUACGAGUAUUGUCUCUUCGAGAAGAAGGUCUACGUGAGUAGGUAUACUCAGGUCUCAGUAUCAGAUGAGCUGUCAGAAACGUGGCCUAAGAACCAGCCGUUACACUUGAGUAUUGAACAAUGUGGCCUUUUGCAAACACUUGGGUGGAUACCAUACAGUCCUGCGAUCCUUGGAGAUGAAGACGUGCUGGUUGAGCCUCGCUGUGUUGGCUUGAACUUCAGGGAUGUGCUGGCGUCGAUGGGGUUGAUAGGUUCAGCCGCACUUACCCUUGGGCUUGAAUGUUCUGGUUUAGUACGACAGGUGGGAGCCAAUGUUAAAUCGCCCCAAGUUGGAGAUCGUGUGAUGAUGAUGAGCGAUAGUUGUUUUGCAACCCAUGUCACUGUAUCUGCUAAACACUGUGUGAAAAUUCCAGAUAGCUUGAGCUGGGAAGAGGCUGCCACAAUGCCAUGCGUCUUCGGCACAGUCGUACACGCUCUAAUAGAGAAAGCGUCACUUCAGGAGAAUCAAACUGUUCUCAUCCAUUCAGCUUGUGGCGGUAUCGGCCUGGCAGCUAUUCAGGUCUGCCAAAUGCUCGGGGCUAAGAUCUAUGUAACAGUUGGCAGUGAUGAAAAAGUCAAAUAUUUAAUGGAUGCCUACGGUAUCUCGAGGGCCAGUAUUUUUAACUCCCGAGACAAGACAUUCCGCCGUGAUCUGAUGAGAGAGACGUCAAACAGGGGAGUCGACGUUGUGCUUAAUUCCCUAUCCGGAGAAUUGCUUCAUGAAUCUUGGAAAUGUGUUGCAGAGUAUGGCAUAAUGAUCGAAAUCGGCAAAAGAGAUUUUGUUGGGGGUGCGCAACUGAGCAUGAAUCUGUUCGAAGCAAAUCGAACAUUCAUUGGAGUUGAUCUUGCUCGUUUUACCCCUGAAAUGUACCAACCUCUCAUGGCCAAAGUUAUUAGUAUGUAUCAAAGUGGGCUAAUUCGGCCCAUCGCGGUGUCACGGAUUUUCGACGCAUCAAAAGUUGAAGGCGCAUUCCGAUAUAUGCAAAAGGGUUCACACAUUGGCAAGAUACUUGUGACAAUGCCUCAUGAUCUUAAUAUGAUUCCUAUGACUCCUACAGUUCCGGCCCUUAAACUUCGGUCCGAUGCUUCAUAUCUACUGGUUGGUGGACUUGGCGGAAUCGGACGUCAGGUGUCCACCUGGAUGGUUAAGCAUGGAGCAAGACAUCUAAUCUUUCUUUCUCGCUCAGCAGGAGAAUCUGCCGAGGAUAAAGCGUUUUUGAACGAACUCAGCAUACAGGGCUGCUCCGCCCAAACCUUUGCCGGAAGUGUUGUGGAUCCGCAGGUUGUCGACAGAGCAAUUGAGACUGCCACCCACCCGUUGGCAGGAAUCAUUCACAUGCCCAUGGUGAUAAGAGAUCGAACAUUCGAUGCAAUGACCUACGAGGACUGGACGUUGGCAGUAGGUCCAAAGGUCACUGGAACUUGGAACUUACAUAACGCAUCGAAGAACUGCAACCUUGACUUCUUUGUCAUGUUUGCGUCUCUAUCUGGAGCCCUCGGAAGUCCCGGACAGGCCAAUUACGCGGCCGCAAAUACGUUUCUGGAUGCCUUCGUUCAGUAUCGACAUCAGCAAGGUCUUCCAGCAUCUGCUAUAGAUCUUGGUCUUAUGGGGGAAAUUGGAUUCGUCAGUCAGAGUUCGAACUUGGUAGAUCUGCUUCAUAAUCGGGGUUGGUUCUCCAUCGAUGAGAACGAUCUGCUCCAAACAUUGCAUCUAUCCAUGACCAAGACUCUCCCGCGAGGGUUAUGUCUAGACAAGUCUGGAGAAGGAUUCGUUUCCGCUAGUCAGUUUUUCAUUGGAGUUUUACGUUCUGCGAAGGCUUCUUUCCGACCCGGUAGCAAAUAUUUUUGGGAAUCGGAUCGAAGGCUCAGUUUGCUCAUCAACGGGGAUGCCGAGGCAUCUAAGGCAAGCACAGGCAGUGACGACAAAUUGGUACAAUUCAUUUCCUCCGUUGAAGAGGGCCUCAGUCCCCUCGAGAGCGAGCAAUCUCGCCAGUUCUUGACAAACGCAAUUGGCGUUCGAAUCUACCAAUUUAUGAUGCAGCCUGUAGAGGAUCUUAACCCGUCGAUAUCCCUCAAUUCCCUUGGUGUCGACUCGUUAAUAACAAUUGAAAUUCGAAACUGGUGGCGCAGGAAUUUGGGAAUAGAGAUCAGUGUUCUAGAAAUUCUGGACGCAGGCACGAUCGAAGCGCUUGGGGAACUGGCGAUUCAAAGGCUUCGAGCCAAAUUACAGGCCAAGGACCAAAAGCGUGCGGACGACUACCUGUCAACAAAGGUCGUAUAG